CACAACAGACCAGCGUCAUCAGCGCGCGCCGCACGUGGGAAACGAGCAGAGAAGAAGAAGAAGAGUCUCCACGUGAACAUGGCGGCGGUUCCGGAGCCAGAGGUCCAGUUCGCGCAGAGGUUAGCGUCCAACGAGAAGCCCACCCGGACCAAGGCCAUGAAGAAGCUGCGGAAGUACAUCAACGUCCGGUCAGGUGGGUUCACAGGUGACGAGCUGCUCAAGCUGUGGAAAGGUCUCUUCUACUGCCUGUGGAUGCAGGACAAGCCUCUGCUGCAGGAGGAGCUGUCGAGGCAGAUCUCCAGCCUGAUCCACAGCUUCCAGGACGUCGAUGGACAGGUUUUAUACCUGGAGAGUUUCCUGCAGACCUUUAAGAGAGAGUGGACGGGCAUCGACCGGCUGAGGAUGGACAAGUUCUUCCAGCUGGUUCGCUUCAUGUUCAGACAAACCUUUGAGAUGCUGAAGAGGAAAAACUGGGAGAGCAGUGUGGUCGGCCGGUUUCUGGAGCUGCUCACGGUCCAACUCCUGCAGAGUGGCAGCGACGCGCCCAGCGGCCUGCAGCUCCACAUCCUGGACCUCUACAUGACUGAACUGGCAGCUGUUGGUUCAGCAGAGCUCACUGCCGAUCAGAACUUGACGUUCAUUCAGCCAUUCUGCAAAACAGCAGCCAGAACCAAAGAUCGGACUCUCUUCAGAGCCAUUUGCAACAGCAUCUUCAGCACCAUUAUCGACCAGGCGCCCUUCGCUAUUGAAGAUUUGAUGGAGGAGUUGAAAGGAGCCGAGGCUUCAGACUCCGACUCGGGGCAGGCGUCUGAAGAAGAAGAGGACGAGAAAAUGACGAGCAAACCAGGCGGCAAGAAGAGAACGAGGAAGCAGAUUAACGGUAAGAAACCAAAAGAAGAGGACGAUGAGGAUGAGGAUGAGGAUGAUGACGACCUUCUUCACUUGGAAGACUCUGACACGGAGGCGCCAUGUGACGAAGAUGUUGGACCGGUCCUACAGUUUGACUAUGCGGCUCUGGCAAACAAGCUGUUUGAGUUAGCCAGUCGGAGCAACACGCCGAGCCAGAACCGACAGAGACUCUACAAGAUCAUCAAAGUACUGCGAGACCUCAGCGAAGGCGUUUUCCCACAGGAUGAGUAUCCAGAAGAUGUCUCCACCGACGAGGAUGACGAAAUGUUCGGCAGCAGGAAGAGGAUGAAGAAGAGAGGACGUCAUAUGGAGGUAGAUGAGGAGGGAGCUCCCGCAACCAAGAAGAGUAAAGGGAAGAAAAAAGAGGCAUCUACACUCAACCAGCAAGAAAAGGACCCUGCAAAAGAUGACGAUGAACCAGCCGACCUAACCACAAAUAACGAAAAAAAGAAAAAGAGGAAGAAGAAGAAGAAGAAGAAGAAUGAAGGGCAGGGUGGAGAGAAAGCAGAGGGGUCUGAACAGGAACAGGUCGUGGAUGACGGUUCACAAAAGGACGCUCCGAUGCAGAGUUCCAUCUCGUCUGUAAAAGUGACCGAAGCAGGGUCAGAAACUGUGAUCGUCUCUGAAGUCCGGAAACAACCUUCAGUUAAAGUCACAGAAGAAACGAGCCAACAAGCUCCCGGCACAAAUGACGACAAUGAGCCGUCUGAGAAGUCGUCCGACGCUGAUGUUACCACCUCAGGGAAGAAGAAGAAAAAGAAGAAGAAGAAGAAGUUACAAACAGAUGGGAUAGUGGCUGAAUCACAGGUCGAAGAAGAGUCAUCAGAAACAAACAUGACACCUGAGGCCGAUACCACAACCCCCGCCAAGAAGACAAAGAAUAACGGUGUGAGCACCGAAGACGACGGUUCAACUACUGCCAAGAAGAGUAAGAAGAAGAACCUGAAGGCUGUUGAAGCUGAUGCAAAACAGACCGACCCUGAAAUCACAUCAGCCUGUGAGGACGCGACAGCAGAUGCCACUGAAAUGUCUUUCACAAAGAAGACGAAGAAAAAGACCAAGCAGGAGGACGCAACACUCGAAGCUCCAGAUGAAAGCGCUGCAACGCCACUAAAGAAGAAGAAGAGGAAAAACAAUAAAGGAUCUACAGUGGAAGAGGAAGGAGAGGCGGCGGUGGAGGAAACCCCUCAAGUGGCGGAUGCUGAGAAACUGCUGGUUACCAUGACAACGCCGGCAAAAAAGAAGAAGGCUCCGGCAGCAGCCCAAGUGGAUGAGAUCAAAGAUCAGACGCAGGUGGAGGUGGUUGGUGGUGAAGACGCAGAGCUCCCACCAGAUAAUGUUUUGACUUCCUCUGGGAAACUGGCCAAGAAGAAGAAGAGGAAGAUCCCUGUGGUGUUUGAGUUUGAGGCCGACGAGGUGGAGGCGGCAGCAGCGUUCAACGGCGUUGCCGAAGAAGAGACUAUGGUGAAGAAGACAAAACUUGCCACCGAUGCCGGAGAGCCAUCCAUACCUCUGAGUGCAAAGAAGUCACAAAAGAAGGCGAAGGCUUCCUUCAUCAGCUUUAAGAGCAAAGCUGCAGUCCCAACACCGCUCUUCUGCAAAACCAAGGGCGGCCUGAGCAUGCCACGGUCCGGCAAGAAGAAGAGUCAAACUCCCAAAUCAGAAUCCAAGAAGGUGACCUUCGGGCUCAAGAAUAAUAAGACUGCUGAGUUUAGAAAGACUGAUCGCAGCCUGUUGGUGAGUCCUGACGGCUCGUCACGAGUUCCCUUUGACCCGAAGCAGAAACCCAAGUUUGGGGUCUUGAAGUCUCCGGCCACACCGGUCUCCUCCAAAAAGACCCCCAACGGCACGAGGAAGGCCGGUGCCGGUACGCCUAAACGACGGCCGUCAGCGGCGGACUUCUUCUGAUGGCGCUCUGACAGACUGUAGAUACAGAUGUAACUCUUUAAUAGACUGAUUGAAAACACGAUUUGGAGAGAUGUAUCAAAGUAUUUUUACGUUUACCAGUGUUGCUUUUUGCCUCUUUGAGUGACUCGACAUUUUAAUAAAGUUGCUCAUUCCAGUUUUUCCAAUUUUA